GGCAACACAACGUGGAUGUUAGGCAUGAUAAACCAUGGGAAUAAUUAUAGAUUUACUCUAUUUAAAUCCGCAAAAUAGUAACGGUGUCUUUUCAAUAAAAAGAAAGGAGCACAAAGAUUAAAACAGUUUUUUAACGCUACCUAACAGAACAGAUCGAACAGCCAUGAUCAAGAAAGUGUGGAAAACAUUUGCUGGAAUAGAAGAAGUACCUGCUAUCAUUGGUUCUGUUACUAUCUACUUCUUGAUAUUUAUGACAUGCCUUAGUCUUCAAAGGCUCUCAAAAAAACUGCUGCCAAAGAGUUUGUAUGUAUUUGCUGCAGACUUUUUUAUCACCCUGGCUAUAUGUUCCUAUCCAUAUGGCCAUGGAACAACACGCCAACUGUAUGGUCAUACUGGCUAUCUUGUUGCUGCUGUACCAUUGGUCAUGCUUACUUUACAGUAUUUUGAUGGUUGUGCAUCCCCACUUGGUGUUUUCAUAAAAUUUCUUAAAGGGGAAGAAACUGCUGGUAAAUUUGCAAAACGAGUUGUUGUUCAAAUCAUGGCUGCAUUCCUCUCAUGGUGGUUGGUGUUACUGGUGUGCUUAAUGGAGACGACAUCACACCAUAAGCAACUGCUACGCAGAACGAUGUGUGCAACAGACCUGAAGGUGUCUGUCACCAUGGGCUUUGUAAUAGAGUUCGCUGGAGUGCUAUUUGAUGUUUGGCUGUCUGCAUUUCGUCUGUUCGAAAACUCUUUUCUGGACCGUGGUAUAAAGGUCUUAAAUAGCUGUCUUCUUGUGUGUGGAGGAGUCCAUCUGACUGGCAUGUACAUGCACCCUGCUAUGGCAUCUGGCAUGUCAUGGGCAUGUGAGGGUACCAGCACAUUAGAACACCUGUUUGUGUAUUGGUGUGCUCCCUUUCUGGGCUGCUACUUGGGGCUUGUCUUAAAGUCUGGUCAGAUCCUGGGAAUACAUAAUGUAUUUGACAAAUCACUAAAGAAAAAUGAGUAAUUGGGCUUUUUAAAAUAUGAAUACAUCACCCAUUAUCAUGUUACAAGCUUCUUCCAUGUUUUUUUAAGAACCAUUUUCAGAUUGAUAUUGAUGAAUAAUCUAAUUUCAUAACCUUACAUCUUCACUUCAGUAUGUUUAAGCUCACAUUAAGUUUGAGUGAUGAAACAAGUGAGCAUUUAAAUCUUAAGGACACUUGUAAAAACGGAAAUUCAAAGAAAGUUCAGAAGUAACUCCAGAUCUUUGAGUUUUUAAAAUACUUAAGUCUCACCUUUUGUGAUAUAAUGUUUCUUAGGAUGUUUGCUAGUUAUUUACAGUAAAAAAUAAAAUAUAACAUAUUUAGCAACAUUGUUAAUGUGUUGCAUUAUUUAGUAAUGCAUAAAGUUCUUGAGAUCACUGUGUAAGGAUUGUUAAUAAUUGUUUUACUUCGCUUCAAACUAUAGAAAUUGCACAGCAUGACUAGUUCCUAAUUAUUAUUUUAACCUAUAUGCUACUGCAGUGCUUGUUUUUUUGUUAAGUUAUAGCAAUUUCCACGUGCAACUGUGAUAUGUAUUCCUCUUUGUUAUUUGAUGUGUAAAACUGAAAAAGAUAAAAAAAAAAAAUUAGUGACAAAAGUAUGCAAUGGGUGUGCAUUGAUAGGAAGACCUGGAGAUCUGUACAUUUAGAAAAAUGAAUACAGUAGAGUAAGAUACCUGCAAAGGUCUAAAAAUGGUAGUAAAGUAGGAAUCUUUUGUUUUUGUACCCCUUGAACUGUAAUUCUUUGCUCAAGUUUCUACUUUUCUUCUAGCAGUUUAAUAAGCAGUAAGAAAGUGUCAUUGAUCACUAUCCUGCUAAUAAAGAAAAACAGGCCUCUGUUUAAAAAAACAAACUUAAUGAGCUUGAAACUUUCCAUAUCCAGAGCAGGCUUUGUGUCAAACAAAAUCACAGUUUAAUUUGAGUUAUCACAAUAGUUUGGCCUUAGGAGGGAAUUUUGGGUCCGGCGGGCAGUGAUCGAGAGAAUGCUGACAUUCUCAAUCACCAUUUGGUAUGACAGCGCCACUUAGAAGCAGAAAGUCAACUUGACCAGGUGGUGAAUGCAGCUAGCAGAACUAUUGGCUGUGAUCUACGCCUAGUGCAGUUUGAAGAGGGCUUGCAAGAUUGUGGCCAACACAUCCCACUCAGCCAAUAGCCUAUUUUGUUGUAUACCAUCUGGAGUCAGGUAUAGAUGUCCAGGCCAGAACAUCCUGCCUGAAAAAGAUUUUGCCAGAGCAGUAGCCUUCCUCAACUCUGCUGUGGCACAAGUUAAGACUAAAAGUUGACUGCAAUUUUUUGAAGUGUGUGUUUUUUGUGGAAGGUAAAGUGUGCGCGUGCACAUAUAUUUGAAUGGAGUAAUUUCUUGGGUAUACAGAGUAGUGGCAUAUGCGAGUUUGGAAGUGAAAGCCAUCAUCAAGACAUGUUCCUUGGCAAAUAAAUUAUGAUGGUUUAUAAAUGCUAAUUUAUGUGGCCCAUCCAUGUGAUAGAUCAUUUUAUCUUGAUCCUUUUCACCUCUAUUUCAGUAUGUAUACUCAGCCACAAAGAAGAUGUCUUUUUUUCAAUAUGUGUUCAAGAAAGUGUAUAUAUAUCCAAAUUUUAAAAAUGAAUUGGCAGAACAUAUGAAUGUAUAUAUACAUGUAAUUUAAUAUAAAUCUCACAUCAGGUAAACAAGCAUAUAACAAUAUGCAGCAAAACAGGAGGGAGGAAUCCCUGUCCUUUCAAAGUCAAAACAAGUGAUGCAAAGGCUUUAACUUCUUUCAGACUGUGCAUCCCAGCUGUUAUUUUUUCUAAAAUAUUAAUAUAGGGUGAUCAUUAAACUAAGAAAGUCUGUAUAAGACAGAGGUUAAAGACACUGCUCACAUAUUUUUUGAUAAUCUUCACCUCAAUAUAUUGAUCUCAUCGCUCCAGUUACUUUGAUUUUUAAGAAUCAUCAAAUUCAUUAUUAAAAAAAUUACAGUUGUAA